AUGGGUCAAAAAUAUGUAAGAUGUGCGUACGAAAAUACUGUUACAGAUAAAGAAGCUACACCGUUCUAUAACCAAAGGAUUUUGCGUACCAUACUUGAAUCGUCGGUGAUUCGAAGAGUAUCAGCAGAACUUCGUCACAAGGAGACUGUAACAGCAGCACUUGCCCUCGUUAAUCGAUGGUUCUCUUCUCGAGGGUUUCAUGAGUUUGAUCCCGUGUUUUUGGCAUGUUUUAUGACCAAACUAAUGGAGGAUAACGUUGUAGUCAAGCAGCAGGACCUGCUCACUGUGCUUCGGAAUUUCUUUGUUGCCAUAGUGAAUUGGGAUACAUCGUUAUCCACUGGUUUUCAUCCCGAUGAUCUCGAAGACGAUGUGCUUUCGGCACAUCUCGCGAGUUUUCCUGUAGUAUUCCUUGAUCACACAGGAUAUUGGAAUAUAUCUAGUGGAAUUUCUAAGGAAUCGCUCGUCCUGGUGAAGACGGACUUGAGCCGAUCGCUGACAGUUUUAGGAGAGUGUCUGGCGUUUGAUACGCUGUUCCUGGAACGACAUCAUAUGUUUUCGUCAUUUGACCACUACUUUAGGCUGGUCUUGACGCCAGAAAAUCUCUUAUCGCUCUUCAAAACGUCUGAGUUACUUGUCGACACAGUUGAUGAAGAUGAUCGCCUUGCAAGAUUUCGAGUUCACGAGUGCCUGGGCGAACGCUUUGACAAUGUUUACGUGGAGCGUUUAAAGGGCGAAAAGCUGGAGAACGUCACAUUUUUGAUUGGAUUUCGUACGAAGAGGGAAUGGACGAAUCCGAUAACUGUUGGCCCUGUGGCCACAGAGCCAUCCGCUAAAGAUUUUCGAACCUUGUGGAAGGAAAAAACGCAAUUGAGAAAAUUUGCCGAUGCUCGAAUUUGUGAGUGCAUGGUAUGGGCGGAGGCAGCAUCAGAAGGAGUUCCUCAUUCGAUCCUCCAGUUUAUCCUUGUCAACCAUUUUGGUUUACCAGCUGGCUGCAUUUCAUGGCGAAGCGUCUUUCCAUCCGGAUUAUCCUCUCCUAAAGAGGUGAACACGAAGAUCACUACAGCAUUUGCUGGUCUCAGUGCAAUUCUCAGAACAGCGAAAGGUCUCCCACUUAUGAUCACGAACAUUCACGGAGUCAGCCCGUAUCUGAGGGAUACAGAGCCCUGCGCUGCUGAGGUGCUGUGCAAAACUGAUCAGGGUCCAGUGGAAGAUGGACAUCGCCUAUUGGCGCAACGUGCUGUACCACCUUACACUGGAUGUGUCACCGUGCACAUAAAGCUGGAAUACUCUGGAAAAUGGGGUGAUACGAUUGCUGGUGUACGGCAGCUUACUGCUGCAUUUUAUAUCGAGAUUGGAAAAUACCUCAAAACGAAACACAAUUUGGUAGCUGUACCGACGGUGGAUCAACUUUUCGUUGUGAAGGAUGGCGUUGUUUUCAAACUGGUGUUAGUGCAUGACAAAGUACUGAAAUUACUGGAGCAGCGAGUAGCUGAAGUGAAAGCGAGUGGCGCGACCAAGAUAGAAAUGAGUGCGGAAGGACAACGACUCACAGCAUGGAAGAAGCAGUACGUGACUUAG